AUGGUGGAAGGAAACUAUAGCAUGGCUACAGACUUUAUUUUCCUGGGAUUCAUGGACCAUCCAGAACUUUGGGUCCACCUUUUCAUGCUGUUUCUAGGGAUCUAUGUUGUUACAUUGGUGGGAAAUCUUGGGAUAAUCCUCCUUAUUAGAAGUGACUAUCGACUGCAUACACCUAUGUACUUUUUCCUCAGUAAUUUGUCUCUUGUAGAUGCCGGUAAUUCCUCUGUUGUUGCUCCUAGGUUGCUGAUGACAUUUAUAAUGGAAACCACACACAUUUCCCUCACUGAGUGUGCAACACAGUUUUUCUUUGUCUGCACCUUUCUAACCAAUGAAUGUUGCCUCUUAGCUGCAAUGGCCUAUGAUCGCUUCAUAGCCAUCUGCAACCCACUGCUUUAUAAUGUCAUCAUGACCAAGAGACUCUGUGUAUUACUAGUAGUUAGCACAUACAUGUGUAGCUUUCUGAAAGCAAUGUUCCAGACUCCAUAUAUAUUUAGUCUGUCUUUCUGCAGCUCCAAUAUCAUCAAUCAUUUCUUUUGUGACAUACCACCCAUCCUCAAGCUCUCUUGCUCUGAUACUCACAUGGCCAACCUUGUACAUUUCAUCUUCUCUACUAUGGUGGUUAUGAUUUCUAUCCUCAUCAUCCUAUUGUCUUAUAUGUACAUCUUCAUUACCAUCCUGAGAAUUCGCUCUGCCAAAGGCAGGAGUAAAGCCUUCUCCACCUGUGCCUCCCACCUGAUGGCUGUUUCAAUAUUCUAUGGAACUGUGAUCUUCAUAUAUUUGAGACCUAAUUAUGGCUACCCAAUGGAUCAAGACAAGAUUGUUUCUGUGUUUUAUAUCCUUGUGAUUCCCCUUCUUAACCCCUUGAUAUACAGCCUGAGGAACAAAGAAGUAAAAGAGGCCUUUAGAAGGAUGGUGAACAGGAAGUUGUUCCCUUAA